UUCUCCCCCCUCACCUCGGCGUCCGGCGUCGGCGUCUGCUACGGAAGGGAGUUCGAGCUCUACCCUCGCGGCACCAGCAGGCAGCGGCCGUAGCAACGGUGACGCAGAGAGCGAGCGGUUCGCGCAGAGCUCGCAGCUGAGCGAGUACGUUCGGCGGACUGCGAUGACAACGAUCGCGGCCGUCGUCAAGUUCAUCUCGUAAUACGCCACGCAAUGUGAGACCAUCGGUGCCGGCCUGAAGAUCGUCGUCUGCGUCGUGGUUAAAUCUUGCCGUCGAGCCGUGCUCCUGGCUUAGGCCUCCUUUUCUCAGCCGUCUGCUCCUGGAUACCUUCGAGCCGCUCGCCGGAAGACGACGACAAAAGAACCCACAUAGCCAAUCGCCAGCGCAGCUCUGUCCGUCGUCGACUGUGUUUUAAUGCCUUCCCGCCGCCGCUUGACACGUCGGCCGCCCGACGCCGAGGCCCCACAGUCGGAGGAACCGCGACCCACCCACCGAAGUCGCUCAGAAUGUGACGUCGGCGGAACCUAGGAGUCGUCGCCCGUCGAGCAACAACACGCGCCCGCGGCAGCGAUUCCAACGCAGCAGCGGCGGCGCGGGCGAGUCGGCGUUGCUUCAACAGCGCUGCUCUACAAACAAGUCCCACUCACGUCCAGACGAGCCCCUGAGAGACCAAUUGAUGCACUUCUUCAGACAGGGUUGAUCUGCGCCGUUGCACGCGCUUGCGGGCAGAACUGAAGCGGGAAGGAUGCUCGAGCUCACCGACGAGGAUCGACUGAUCCUGGUGGCGUCGUGCGCGGGCCUUGUCACCGCCACCAUCCUGGUCACGGUGUGCGUGGUGACGCCCCACUGCUGGCUCUACCGGUGCAUCUGGGGACGAGAGGAAGAGAAAGAGAAGCGCAAGAAGCUCUACUACGGCACCGACGUGAUCCCGCUGCCGGCAUGUCCGGUGUCCACCAAGUCCGUGCCGGCCACCGGCGAGGCAAAAGGCGCCGAAGGUGGCGGACUGGUGGGUGCCGGCGGCGUUGGUGGCUCCCUGGUCCUGCUGCCCUUCGUGCGCAACCGGGCUGCCCGCGAUUCCACCUACAGCAGCAUGUCCACGGCCAGCAGUCGCGGAGAGGCGUCCGUAUACCGGCAACAGCGUGCCGGGUAUCCUGCAUGCAACGGCUGUUCGCAGAGCGACAACUCGGCUGACGUGGCGGGCAGCGUGGAAGGCCAAGACGACGCUCCACCGAUGCUGGGCAAGGUGACGAUACUACUCCGGUUCCAGGCAGCCUCGCCCACGGUCUCGAACGCGCAGGGAUUCCCGCCUGGGAAGCUGUUCGUCACCAUACGGGAGGCACAGAACCUUCCUCCGAAGCCUCACGGCGUCGUGUGCGACCCCUACAUCAGCUGCAAGGUGAUCAAAGGGCGCAUCAAGAAGCCGCGCCGCGGCAGCAGUGGCCUCCGGCGACCCAGCUGCAUCGGCCUCGGCAGCUCGGGCCACUGCCUGGGCCAGUACCAGACGCAGACCAAACGCAAGACGCAGAGCCCGCUGUAUAACGAGACCUUCUCGCUGGACCUGGCCAGGGGAGAGUUGAAGGACUCCUCCCUUUACUUGGCCCUAUUCGACAUGGACAAGUGCUCCAAUGACACCGAAGUGGGAGAGGUGAUCGUUCCUCUGAAGGAAGUCGACAAGCUGGUUGAAGAUCCCUCUGAGCACAUGCUAGAAUUGGAGCUCAAGGAGCCUAAGCAGUACAAGGGGGAAAUACUCUUUGGCCUGAGCUACCUGCCAACAGCCGAAAGGCUUACCUUUACCAUAAUGAAGGCCAGCAAUCUGACGUCGCCUUUGAACAACCUCGAGUCGUUCUAUCCCUGCGUCCGCGUGCUCCUGUUCCACAGCGGGAAGCUGCGCAAGAAAAAGAAGACCGCCUCCCAGCACGCCACCCUGUGUCCCGUAUACAACGAGUCGCUGACGUUCGACGUGCCGCAGGCCGAGCUCGACAACGUCGUCUUCCUGGUGGUGGUCAGCCACCGGGACCCCGCGCAGACCGUCUCGUCUCCGGACUCGCCCACCACCCCCGUGGCCGGAGCGCCGCAGCAGCACGUCGGCAAGGUGGUCGUCGGGGCCUGCGGUCGGGGCAGCGUACUCCACCACUGGAACGCCAUGAAACAGAGUCCACGCAAGCAGGUCACCCAGUGGCACACACUCCGGUGAAGGGAAACAGCUCCGCGGGAAGCGCAGGGCGGUGUACACAUGGACUCCGGAGUUACUGGUGUGGACAUUGGAAAAAAAGGCAGCGUGCACGCCGGAAUAGUCGAAUGGGUAUUCCAUCGCGCAAACACCAAAGUCAUCUAUGGGCGGUGGUACUCCGUUUCAGUGAUUCGAAGUUGCUAAGCGGGAGCAAUGGAUGUGUUUAGAAUGGAAGGAGUGACCAUUAGAAAAAAACAGAAGUCGCUGGAUCAAGUUUUGUUUCCUGCUGUCACACAUUUUGAGCUUGAGAUGUCACUUCCGAGAAAGAAGAAAAAAAAAUGAAAAUAUCGGAAAAUCUCCUGAUGCACGAGAACAUCAUUUGCGGCUUUGAGGGGAAAUGAAAGUAUUGGUGCAACUUACGUUGAUAUUUGCGGUUUCCCAUCAAUAUCCAGCCACGGCGGUAACUUGAGAAAACAUCCGCAACUCCCUGUGACUUUUCUAGCCUCAGGUUCAGAAAACAGGUCCGUGCACAGUGGUUUGCAGUUGGGCAGUGGCCAACGCGAAAAUGGUGCAACAGCGCUCGGUUUGCAGAUCUGAAUGUUUUUGCUCUAUCCACUGAUGAGAACCCAGUGUCCCCACGCUAGUCACGUGUUUUGUUGCAUUUAUGUGGCAGUUGCAGCGAAAUGUUUUGGUUGUUGCGCUGCGUUGCUUUCCAAUAGGCGUCCAUUCAGUCUGGAGAAGUGUAUUUUGACCAGCUUGAGUUUAUUGUUCUAAGAGAUCACUUACGAUCUUUGGCAGCCUUGAAGAAGAUCCACUUAGUUAUUUUUUUAUAAAUUCGGAAGCGGAUGGAUUCCGCGAAAGCGUAAGAGAAACAAGUGCGGGAACGUUGCGAAUACUGCGUCUACCUAGUCCUGUGCUAUGCGCGAAGGAAUCCCUGUGGACAAAUUUCCACCAUAGGUGGUUAUGAACGUCGCUUUCCGCCUUCGUUCCAAAUUAGCGAAGCUGUCAUAAUUUGGAAGGAAAUGGUGCUUCACAAAGAGUACUGUUGCGCAUCCCAUGACAGGCAGCCGUUUGAAUCGUAUCAAGGCGGGUCAUAAUUUAAGGCAUACUGGUGGUGCGAGGCUAUUUUAAUAUACGAAUGUCACUAACGACUUCUUAGUUUGGUUUCUGGCGUGGUAAUUAAACGUUUCCUUUUGGAAUCCAAUUUCCUGGAGCGUCGUAUUUCUUUCUUCGAAAAUUAAAGUACUGAAAAAUUUACAAAGAAGAAAACGCUGCUUGAUCUUUUAUGUGCCCCAUCAAAAUUGUUUCCGAAGUAGCUAGAUGUUAUUUAAAGGGAGCGAGAACCUCGUACAAUGCGUGCAUGGGAUUUAGGCGGGUCGUUAUGUUGCCGCGGUUACGGGGAAUUUUGUGAGAAUGCUGUAACUCAUUGGGGUAAGAAACGUUUGUGAAAAGCGAAUUAUCGACGGCACCACGUCUACAUUAAUUGUCUGAUUGCAGUUGCCGACGCACCACAGUUAUGGGUUAACAUUGUCUUCCUUUAAUGGAAGACAUUUUUUUUUUUGCUGCACGAUGAAGUUUAAAGAGAACUAAUGGCUAUGGAGGGGUCAGGGGUGAUGCGUUGUCUAGUGCACAAUAUUUGUUGCUGUGAAUGCAAUGGCAAAAUUUUCACGUACUCUGCAACAGGAACUACAUUGUCAGUGAAGUUACGUUGACUUGUGCUGCGAUGCAGGAUGCUGAGCAGUUUGUCUUGAUUUUUAAAUAUAGAAAAGAGCAGUUUUCUACCAAACAUAUUCCUUUUGUGCACAUAGAAUUUUUAAGCACAUGGGGAAAGAAACCAUAAUGACCAAUUAGGGAGGUAUUUAGGCGGUGCUGCACUUUUUAAGAUCUUAUGGGAAAUUACACGAGUCCACGCGCUCUGCUAUGAAGAGCGUUAGCUCGUUAACCCGUCGUUUGCGUCGAUUUCGUAUAGUCUUCUUGCUUAACCAGACACGUCCUGCUAACGCCUUUUUGUUUGGUUGUAGCGGUGCCUUGCUUCUUCUAGCAAGGGGAAAUAAUAUAGUUGCCUUGGCAACGCAACAAAGGCUCAGUGAGAAUCAAGACGAAGAAUGCUAGCAUCUGAACUAUCAUGGCGUUCUUGCUUGCAACUAGUACUCGUUCGCAGAGAUAAACUUCGAGCUUGCCGUUUCACUUUGUAUUUCUUGCUUUACAACGUGUUCGAGCAUCUGGCAUUCACACUAGUCAUUACGUCUUGAAUGAACGUUCCCAUUCUCUGUGAUUAGCUCCAUCUUUCAUCAAUAUGUCGCUUUAGGCUAGUCCUUGUGUCCUCAUAACUGUUCGUCAAUGUUACCACAGCGCAACUGCACGAUACAUAAAGGUCAACUGUGUACUCAGUUAUUUAAUCCUGAGAAUAGCUUUGUGCUUGGUUGUUCGCGAAAUAUUUUAAUGAAGUCGCCGAGGGCAGCUUAGCCGUCGUCAGCGCAUUGACGAAUUGUUAAAGCUUGCAGUGCGAAAUACCAUAUUUUUUUGGGGUAAGAAAUGUCAGGACAAAAAUUUUUGUUGUUGCUGCGUGCGUCUUUAGGCUCUUGUAUGUGUGUUUGUUGUAAAUGUAUAACGUCAAGCGUCUUGGUUUCGUAAUUCCACCAAAAGAAGCAGUUAUUCGGUGUUCCGCUUCAACCGCGUAUGAUCUACAGUGCUUGUAGUUCGUAUGGGAGCGGAAGGUUUCGGAUGUCAGAUGCCACAAAAUUUUAAGUAUUUCUGUUUUACCGAGCGAGUAUAUUUUACCGAAUAUCGUUUUUGUUUGUUUAGUCUCGGCUUUCUACGUUUGACAGGCGGUAUUGGGUAUGCGGGUUGACAACAGUACAUGAAAGACACGAGUUAAAAAUAAAUAAAAAUGUUUAGGAAAUUAAACGUGUUCGAAGAGGGAUGUAUGGAAAUAUCUGGUACAUACUGAAAUAUUGAUCUGACUGCUGUCAGCCCUUUUUAGAUUGUGAAAAAAAAGCUAACCUUGCUUUAGAGGUCUUGUAUUUUGCUGAUCGGUGGGUGUAAGGCAACCACUCGCUGCACAACAGUACAGUGAUUGUGGCCUUCUUGUUAUGAGGAAAUGCUCAUUAUUGGGCUUGUGAAUCGCCAAAGUCACUCGACAGUGACACCAUUUGGUUUAGUGCCAGGUCCGUAUUUGUCUUCGAAUAGCUUUCGACAUGAUCGUGCGAAACGAAGGAUAGAAUGUUAAAAAAUAGUUUUUCUGUGCCACCUACAUCUAAAUGCGGAAGUUUUGUUUCCUACAAACAGUAGGGGGAUCGGGGGAGGGGGUGUUGUAUUUCCAUAGUUGUUCUCUCACUUGUUGAAUUUUGCACUGUAGACAAAGAGGUAUAGAGUAGCCAAGUAGUGCCGAGGAAAAGCAACUGUAGGGCUAGAGCGCGAGCGUGCGAUUCUGAACUCGAUGAUGGAGACUGCGGUUUCUGAAAAGCUUGUGUGAGCGUAAGGAAACAUUAAUGAGCAGGUGAAUCGAAGCUGUGCUGGGGGAUUUGAGCUGAACACUUGUGAACGCCAUGCCUAUAUUAGUUAUAUUUUCGAUAAAAAUAAACAAUGUACCCUGGGCUUUUCACUUUGUUACUUAAGUGAAUUUAAGUUGCAUGUGGUGGACAAACUCGUUUUUCAUGCGGAAUACGUACCUGCCGAUGUUUAUAUAUCAUUGCUGCCGACCAACAAUGCUUGCUUCAGCAUUUCAAAAUAUUGUUUGGUUUCUCACUAAUUUGAUAAUAGUUGUUGGUGCAGAUAAUAAGCUUUUUUUCUUAGGUGACGGUUCAUGUAGAACACUAUCAUCAUAGACAUAUUUUUAUUUGAUAUGCCACUUUAAAAUGUUGAAUCACUGUAUAUGAUAGCCUAACCAAGUUGGCACGCGUUAAGUUCUAGAAAAUUUCAUCUUUCCAAAAAAUAUAAUAGCUAGCUUAGCCAGACAUGAAAGUUUCUACAUAGGUAUGUUAGGUGUUUAGACAGCUACAUCAGAAGGUGCUAUCUAUCCACGAAGUGUUCAUGCAGAUUUGGCACUGUAAAUAUAAAAACAGCGUUUCUUUACUUGAUCUGCCACUUUAAAAUGUUGAAUCACCAUAAUGAUGGGCUAGUCAAGUUGACACGUUUUAAGUUCUAGAAAAUUUCAUCCUUCCAAAAACAUAAUAGAUACCUUAGCCAGACAUGAAAGUUUCUACACGGGUCUCUCUCUGAAUAUACAGCAGACUUUCAGCGAACGCGCCGGGGACGAAACUGAAUCUCGGAUUAAAAGAAAGAAGAAAUUACUUUUCAAAAAAAAGAAAGAAAGACUGAAAGAGAUGUGUACAAAAUUACGGCUGAGAUCAUUAACCUAUGGGAAUCGGUGUUCAGCCUCCAUAAAACAUUGCACCGAAACGCACGGCAAGUGUUAGUGUUGUACCUGCGCUCAGGUGUACAUUUGAUUAGGUGCUACUUUCUGCUUUAGUACUUUCUCCCUCUCUCUACAUUGUUCCCAUUUAUAUAGCAGUUUCUUUUGCGCCUGAUGUCCGCGACGCCCAGGACGUGUUUCGGUGACAUUUUGGCGGCGUCCCCUGCUUGCUGCUGGCAACCUGUCGAGUGGAGCUGGGUGUCGCGCUAGUCGACAGCGCCCCUUGGACGCGCCGCGCCAUCUAUCGGCGAGCGCGGUAGUUGGUCGUGUGAGACAGGGCACUGGCGCACAGCGGCAAACGGGGAGAAGAGACAAAGAGAGCUUCGCUUUGACAAAAAAAAAAAUAUUGUGGGUUUGUAGUGCCAAGUAUAACAGGCCUUGGUAUUGCGGAAAUGUAGACUUUCGCUAUCAUUAGCUUAGUAUGUUAAGUAUAUGUAGGCGAUAGCGCGACUUUCAUGUUUUGUUAAGGAAGCGAUAUGUCUAUUUUCUGUAAAGGUACGCCGAGCUGCAAAUACGACAUAUCGAUACAACGUACCUGUUUUUUUCUUUAGUUCCAGAAACACGUUUUGUAGAAGCACUCUCUACCAAAGACCGUUUAGUAUACUUUCGUAGUAUUUUUCGUCUUUAUGAAUCCUCUUUCAAAUGUUAAGCGUGCCUAAGGCUCAACUAAUGUACUGGAAGUGAGAAACCAUUUUGUAAUGAGGGCUGUUGUCGGCUGUUAUGGCAGGAGAAAAAGAAGUACGCACUUAAGGAUGUUACGGUGUUCGUAGAGGACUCCUAUAUGGUGAAACCAAUAUGAGAGAGUACUAUUGUGGGGGUCGUUUAAGCCUAGAGCUGGUUUCCGCUUAGCAACCGAAAUACUGGAGACAGCUUAUCCCACAUUUGACACCGUGCUAGCUUGAUUUUUGAUUUCAUGCUCCGUCUAUCUCUCGGCUGCCGCAGGCAUCAAACAGUAGCCAGGCAUCAAACAGCCACUUGGGUUUCCGAAGUUUAGAUGCCAUAUCUCGAUGCAAUCGUAAGCGUUUUAUGCUGACGUUUAUUUAUUUACGGCUUAAUUGCGCAACGAGUAUGAUUGCUAGUUGAUUUAACAUGCGUGUAAGCCAUUAACUCAGUCCGCAAAAUGUUAGCAUGGGCUCGUGGCACAACACGCCUGCACAAAGCACGCAAGUUGUGAGCUCACAAAUUCAACACACACACACACACACACACACACACACACAAAAGAUUUCACAAUCUGGUCACUCGUUGCACACCGGACGUUCUUACGCAGGUAGUCAUGUGACCCGGCACCAUGAUCUUGUUUUGUAUACCCGAUGCGGUUAUGACAGACAAUGCUUCUGUUCUGAGGCUUCCCAAAUGCUAAAUAUUUGACAUUAUUAACGACGAACACGCAACAUAGAUUUCAGUUUUGCGAGCUAGAGGAGCGGUUGAUUUUUCUAGAGUAUGUUGGACUCCUAUGCCCGCAUUGGUGUGGUGUGGCAGAGCACCUCAUCAGUGUCCUUUCAAUACCAGAACGCGCUAUCCGCACGCGUUUUGACACGAAAGUAAAUUUUAGGUGCUGUUUCAUACGGCGCAAGCUCCCGACUAUCCUAUAUUGUAAAGAAAUUGCAGCGGUCCUAAAAUGCAAUCUGAAAUCACACAUUCACUAUGUGCAGCCCCGCCACCUUAGGAUACUUAACCAGGUAGAGGGGCUGCAGUGUUGCAAUCCUCGGCCAAAAUAACCAGCCUGUUGCGGUGGACGUUUGCAGGUACACCGUAAUAAUUGGUUUUACAAGCAAGACAAGCAAGAAAACAAAACCCUCUCUUGUGUUCUGUUAUAUGACUUCUAUGGGUGGAUUUUAAAUAAAGAAUCGUAUUUGCUUUCGUCAUCCGAAAAACAAUAGUACGCUGCUUCAGAAUGUGGCAUAGGGUUUCAUUUCGGCGGCUUCGAUUGUCUCUCUUUUAUGCCUGCUUCUGCUCCUGCCAACGUGAUGAACUUCAAAUACAGUGGCUUCGAACCCAACUUUGGAGUUGCGGUAUUGUUCGCGGGAAUGGAAGGAGAAUAUAAAACCCAAAUGAUUGAAGCUGGUGAAAUAUACCACUAUCACAAAUUAUUAAUAAACUAUGCUCGGUCUUUGAUCAACAGCAAAAAAGAGAAUUUUUUAAUGUAAAACGUGCAAGGCGUUUCACGUAGGCAAGACAGCGGUGUCGAUUUGUUUGUUUGCUUAUUCUGCUUGUACGAUUACAUAUUGCUUUUGCCUAGUUUUUGAUACUCCUUUUGCGACUAUUCUUGAUGGUAACCUGAGAAAAAAAAGUAAUCGGAAAUGAGCACUCGCCGUAACGUUUUCCUUGACGCUCGUCAUUUAGACGUGCUGUUAAUCUGUAAAUAUGUUGUAUUUAUCGCUGCUUUAAAACGAUUCCUAGGUUAAAAUUUCUUUUUCCGCCCUGACAAGCUGCAUCGCAUAAUUUGCAUUAAGAAGUUGUGUCGGUAGUUGUUUCUCUGAUUGGAGACAAAAGUAAAUCUCGCUCAGAUCAGUACACCAUCGGCAUGUGAUGGCGUAUAGGGCGAGAAAUCUUAUGUGCGUUCCACGCAAAGCAUGUGACCUUGGAGACUAGUGUAAUUCAGUUUGUCUGUUGCCACGAUCAGCACUGCGUACAAAGAGGUACGGUGACGCUGUCUUAGUUGCAUCUAACUAUUCCAGCUGCGUAGAAGAUAUAAUACAGAAGGAAAUACCAUGCACUUAGUGGUUGCUGUGAGCUAGCUCCCCAGUUUUUGCGGCUACUGUGAUAAGAGUAAAAAGGAAAGCGACUUGUUAAAUGUGCGGCAACGUGAAAGUGAGACUGUUACAUUCAUUUGGAGAGUCUAGAAGGUCCAUAUACUUGCCAAUGGCGAGUAUAGGCAGCGUGAUGCUUGGUAGUAAUGUACAGCCAAAGUGCGUGCGCUUUGGUGCAGCGGGUGACAGCUCCUUCCUUCCGCCUGUGCAUUUCCGGUUAAUCUGUUAACUUAAGCUUCCCGGCACUUUUUCUCCGAAGGGUAGGUUGAGAUUUUGCCCUCAAUCAGUUUCUCCAGGGACACCUGUCGUUCCCAGGGUGAAAUGCCAAAGCGUUUGGCGUCCGCAAAGUUCUGGAACGUUAACCAGCAUGUCCAAUAUUAUCUACUGUGUCCACGCCUUGACUCGAGAUGUGUUCACUACGCAGAGUGCCGUCCUUCGUUUUUAUAUACGUGCUCUUACCAGUAACUUGUCAUCUGUGUUCCUGUUGUUCGCAUUGUGUACAAUUCUCGAAUGCGUGCUUUGGGGACCUUGUUGAAAGAAGGUCUUCCCUUAAGCGCGCUGCGCUAGUGUUGCUCUGAAACCUAUGUGACGACAUGCCUUCACACACAUGACUGUGCUAGAUGUUGACCGUAAAGCCAAGGCCAUUGCACACAAUCGACACUGGUUUCAAGUGUCGAAAAUGGCUACUGUGGCGACUAAUUAUUCAGUAUCCGUGACUGCCGAAAGGUUGAUAAAUAACUUCAUCUAUUGCCUGCUUUGAGGACCCAGAACUGGGGGGCGUGCCCUAGGAGUUAGUGGGUAAAGGCUAGUUUGUUUCAUUCUGCCGAAAAAAAAGCGUGUAGCCUGAAUUAGUACUGCCGUUUCAAAAGCUGCUGAACGCGUAUUGAUCGAAGAAGCUCUGGUGUGGAACAGCGUUAUUUUAUUGGGCAGUAAGCGUCACUUUUACCCUGAAAUGCUGAACGUAUCGUAGAUGCUACACUGUUCUGAUACUUCAGAAUUCUCAUUAAGUGCGCAAAAUGGCGCGCAUACCUUUUCGGAAUAUUCUCGAUAAGAUGGAGCAAGUUCCAUCUGCGUUGCACAUAGCUCAGCAAUGCAAGUGCUGUAUAAGCACUUACCGUACUAAUUAUGACAUAAGUGAAAUAGCAUUUCUGUACUUUUUCUAGAAAUGUACUAUGUUUGGCCAGGCAAAUAUUGGCAUUUUGCUCGAAAUGUCUUGAUGGGUAACUGUGUUUAUGACUUGCAGGGUUAAGUUUAAUUUAAAGAUGCCGUUGAAUCAAAUGGUCCUAAGAGUUCACCAUCUUUCUGCAUCGUUUAAAGUCUUCCAACUGUACUUAUUAUUUUUUGGCCUUGCAAGUGGCGGACGGAACCUAAUGAUCUCGGUAUUUGUUUGGAUUUUUUAGUUUCUCCAGGGUUUCCUUUGUCGAAAUGUUAGGCACAUCAGGCAGAAAAGCUCUGUGCACGACCCUCAUCUCAUCCCGCCGUGACGGGAAGGCAUAUCGUCACACGUCCGUCUUGUGCUGUCCUAAUUACACGUAUGUACAAGUGUUAUUUUAUCCGCAUCUGCGCGAUAUGUGUACGCCGACGUUUUCCCCAAGUGUCGCUGCAAAUUGAAUUUGUGGUUUGUUAGGUGCCACUCCAGAAAACCGUGUGUUAAAUGUCAAUCGGCGCCCUUGACAUUCAAGUGUUCUCAGUGUUGUCCGUUGAGCAAAUCUUUUUUCGGCACCCUCGUGUCGAAAUAUGCUGAACCCCCAUACACUGAUAUGCUUCAAUUUUUCGGUUAUCCUUUUCGAUAUCUUAAGAUGUAGCUUCCGUAGCAGGUGUAAUAGUUAGUGGUGUAUUUACUAACACCAUAUCGCGAUUCUGGCUCUGUAUCAAUGUCCACGUUCAGCCCUGUUCUAAGAUUGCUACUGUCAACACCUUCUCUAGCGCUAUGGUGAAAGCUGCCGCUAAAAAUAUUUUGCUCGCGAAGGUGGCACAUGCUCUUCGCUGCAGUGGCGCAUGUUGUGAGAUCCGGAUCACGUGCUAUGUUAUUCAGCUCGUGCUAUUUUCGUACACUUGAAGUCUUGGCAUUGCUGCGAAAAUGGCUUUAGAUGGCGUUUUUCGGCUGGUUCCCCUAGCGCAAGUAAACAGAGUUUCCAAUAAGCUAAAGUACAUCAAAGUUCGAUGCGUAAUAACUUUGCACUUCAACGUGCGACCGUCGUAUCAUAACUGGACAAAAACGUGUCAUUCGUCGAUUGUCUAUUCUACGUUCGGCACUUUUCCCAGUGCUAGAGUGGUGCAAGUUCUUCCCCCUUUUACCUCUUGCCUCUUUGAGGAACAACGUGGGGAAAAUGUGCUUGGAGUUAUGUGCUCAGAACGAUGCUGGUUCUGUUCCAAACGCCAGAAGUGUAUUUUCGCUACAUUGUCUAGGACCGUAGCUGCAUGGCAUAAUCAUUUAUUACUCUGAAAGCACAGCAAGCAUAAAGAUUGCGUGUAUAAUCCGUUCCCCUCCUAACCAAAUGGUCUUGUUAUUUGCCUUUCGCUGAAGUGAUCGUGUGCAGUUAGUUGGAAACUAAGCAAAGCAAAUAGACUGGCGUUUACUGGAGCAGUAUUUUAAUAAAAAUGACAGCUCCCAGAACUCCCUCAUUUCACGCCAUAUACCGUUCCUGAAUACAUAUCAAGAAUCAGUAGAACCACGCAAUUUAGAAGGCAAUGUCACUUGAUAAUAGAACCUAAAAAUAAGCGCAUUAUCACACCACAUUAGAACAAUUAGGAAUAUUAUCCUUCAGAACCCUUUUGCUCCACCUGGAACAGGAAUAUACUAGCCUACGAUCUGCACAUUUUUUCGACUCAAUUCAGUCGUUAUAGGAUAUGAAGGUCUACUAAUAAUAUUUUUUUUGCCUGACUUCGUAUCUCAGAGCUGAUGGGUGAAAAAUUUCAUCUCGGCACUCUAGCAUCCCUACAGGGUAAUGAUGUGAAGUGUAAAAUGGUUGCAUAAAACCCUUCACACUACUUGCACUUCUGUUGGAAACCGCUGUUUUUGAAGAAAAUUCAUUUCAUUCUCAAGGAAAGUUUAAAGGAAUGACUUGACAGGUUUCGUCAUUACUGUUUUUUUUGUUCUAAACCUGAAUCUGCAGACGUUUUUCAGCUGUCUGCAUUCCCUAGCGCCAAGAUUUGGUGCUUUUUUUUAUUAGAAGCAAAGAAAAACAUCAAUGCCCUUUUCAGUGACAUUUUAACUGUACAGCGAGCACCCGAGUCUGUGUGUUUGGUUUCCCGCCAGCUGCUCACGAGAACCCCUCACUUUAAUAUUGUCAUAUCUAUCAUCGUCUGUAAUCAAACCAACAGCAUCAGAGGUGAUACAAGCGGGACCUGGACUUUGUUCUUUUCUGGCUCUUAUUUCAGGACAAGCACAAGUGACAAGACUAUGGGAAUAUAUGAACAUAUAUUAUAUACAUAUAUAUAUUAGCUCCUAUUUAUUGACCUCGGCGCCGAUUUAUUUUGGGACGUGAAAUGUAAUAAAGAGUUGUUCAUAAGUUCCGGAA